AUGAAUACUCAAGAAGAAAUUUUAAAUGAUUAUCAAUGGUCAAGACAAUUUUUAUUAUUCCAAUUUGGAGGCAGUGCAAAGAUGUGUCCAGGACGAAAUUGCGGUUAUGGGAUUGAAGAAUUAAUUAAUUGA